CACUCAUCCCAUCCCAGUCCGCAUGACAAAAAACAAAAAACAAAACAUGACUUUAAAAUGGGAGAGUUAGUCUGUUUCUGUGGCAGUUCGGGUUGGGCUGCGUCCAUUGCGCACUCCCAUCAUGCUCCUCUCGAUCAACACAACUCUCAUUCCCCUGUGCGUUGACUUUGAUGGUCCAGGGGACUAUUUCCUCUUUAUUUUUCAUAUCUUGGCCGGGGUUAGCACCGUGCUGGCGGCCGGCUCCGUGGCAUUAGGUAUCAGUAACACCCAUGCACUUUUAAGACAAAAUCGAUUCAUAUUUAUGCUCAACACAAGUAUCUGUGACACAAUGACCGGCGGUGGCAUUUUCUAUCAAUUUCUCUUUGAUGUGCGAGUGGGCUUCCCUUCUAAAAACGGGACUUAUUUCAUUUUACCGUCUCUUCUCGGAGUUAAUAUCAUGACCUUUCUAUUUGCCCAGUUUGAUCGAUAUUUUGCGGUGUGCCAUCCAUUCUUUUAUGAUCGUUUUAUCGACACAAGAGUGAUUGUUUGUGUCAACGUGUAUUGCUGGGUGCAUGUUUAUGGUAUGCUGAUGGUACAGCAUCUGGUGCCACUUUCAAAAGCCAUAGAGAUCGGAAUAUACAGCAGAAUCAGUCUGAUGCUGAUUAUUUUCACAAAAAUAACCAUGACGAUCAAGUUGCUCACAGUUGCGAGGUAUCAGCUCCGGCGAGAGCCGCCGGGCCCGGAGAGAGACAGCAAGAAGGAGUCACUGUUGAUCAUAGUGGUGGUGGUGGUGUUUUUUCAGCUGCUGUGGGGCCCAUCCAUACUCUAUACGAUCCUGUCUUCUCUGACGGGAAAAUAUUAUGUCAUGAAAAAUGACGCCGUUAACCCCAUGAAAAUUUUAUCCAGGAGCAACGCUCUGUUUACCCCCUCCAUCUACCUGUGGGCCAGCCCCUCACUCAGGACGGCCGUGUGGAAAACUGUGGAGUAAAAUCUUCUGCUGCAAACGACCCAGAAGGACUGGUAAGGUUGACGCAGGAUGAUUUGGAAGAUUUCACAGUAAUAAAGAGCUCAUCUUUCUGUCUGUUUGAGUGUUCAAACAAUUAGACUGCAGGUUUGUAAGAUAAGAUAAGAUAGACUUUAUUGAUCCCACUCUGGGGAAAUGUACUGUUCUCCUGUACAGCUCAGACCAUACAAGUCUAUAAAGUCAUACAAUCACAGUACUAAAACAAUAAAAUGUGCUCUGUUGUUGUACACUUUGCCAAACUAUUUGGAAUUGAACACAUUUUUCAGCUUCUGCGUUGCAGGAGUCAGUUGUGGGCGAAAAGAAUGAAUUCAUUUCUUUGUGAAAGUAAGCGCACAAGGAAUUUCUUGCUAAUUUCUUAAGGUUUUUAUUUGUAAAAUGCAGUCUUAAUGACACAGUUAAUGUGAUUUCUUAUAUUUAAUUCAUGAUGUGUAACACAUACAUUAUUUAUUGUGGGUUUGCUGUAAAUUCUAUUUGUUGUUAUUAGUUUUUUCUUGUAUGUAUUUGCAUUGUGUUUGAAAUAAAAAUCCAAUCUAUUCUAACAAACCGGUCUCCCUGUUAAAUAGGUAAGUUGAGUUCAAUUUCCAAACCUAAAUUGAAGCAGGAGCAGUGCACAUCAGCCCUCCGUCUGAAUUCAUUCAUCAGUCUGAUCUAAAGAC